AGUGUCAACUGAAAUUUUAUAUGACACAAUAAAUCAUGGCUCCCGCCUAAGUCCAAGAUUUCUGACAGUGACACCUAGAAUAACGCACUUGUUUUCUUUUGACUUAAUCUAAGAUCUCCCUCCCCUUUGUUGUCGGAAUUCUUAUUUGGUUAUGGCGACGGAGAAUGAACAAUUAUUAUCUAGGGCUUCUACUUUGCCUUCAAAUAAUUACAAAAGGAGGAGAAAACCAUUGAACAAGACUAAGUCCACGCCUGCAACUGCAGGGUUGUGUCGUCAAGGAUCUUUUAGCCGUGAAAUUGGGCACGCUGCUGCUGAGACCUAUUUGAUUACCCGCCUUAGUUUCAAGCUUCUUAGCUAUCUCGGGUUAGGUUAUCGAUGGAUUACAAGACUUUUGGGUCUUGCCUUAUAUGCGAUGCUACUUAUGCCUGGUUUUCUCCAAGUUGCAUUUUAUUAUUUCUUUUCACCGCUAGUCCGGCGAAGUGUUGUUUAUGGUGAUCAACCGAGGAAUAGGUUGGACUUAUAUCUACCAGAAGAUAUAAACAGACCAAAGCCAGUUGUGGCGUUUGUAACAGGUGGAGCAUGGAUUAUUGGGUACAAGGCCUGGGGUUCUCUCUUAGGAAAGCAAUUAUCAGAACAUGACAUUAUAGUAGCAUGCAUUGAUUACAGAAACUUUCCACAAGGAACAAUAGGCGAUAUGGUGGAAGAUGUUUCUCAGGGAAUCUCAUUUGUUUGCAACACCAUAGCUGAUUAUGGUGGUGACCCAAACAGGAUUUAUCUCAUGGGUCAAUCUGCUGGUGCACAUAUCUCUUCCUGUGCUCUUAUGAAGCAGGCAAUCAAAGAAUCUAGAGGAGAAAGUGUUUCUUGGACUACCUCCCAGAUAAAAGCUUAUUUUGGUUUAUCAGGCGGGUACAAUUUGCCCAACUUAGUUGAUCAUUUCAAUAAUAGAGGGUUAUAUCGCUCAAUUUUCUUGAGUAUAAUGGAAGGGGAAGAAUCAUUGCGAAAUUUUUCUCCUGAAAUUAUGGUACAGGAUCAGAGCUCUAAAGCUGCUAUCCCUUUGCUGCCUCACAUUAUCCUAUUUCAUGGUACUUCAGAUAGCUCCAUUCCAUCGGAUUCAAGUAAAACAUUUGUAGAUACACUUUGCAGAGUGGAAGCUCAAGCUGAACUGAUAUUGUAUGAUGGAAAAACUCACACAGAUUUAUUCCUUCAAGAUCCUCUAAGAGGUGGUAAAGAUGACCUUUUUGACCAUAUAGUAGCAUAUAUACAUGCUAAUGACAAAGAAGCUCUUGCUAAGGAUGCUAUGGCACCUCCAAGAAGGCGGCUUGUCCCCGAAAUCUUGUUGAAGUUAGCUCGCAGGAUCAGCCCUUUUUGAGACUGCAACAUUUGACAGUCGCGAAGAGGCUCUUAAGACUGCAGCAUACACUUAUAUCCUCCGAGCAAAGAAGCGAGAUUCUACCAAAUCGAUCACAAUUGCGCUGUCAGAUCUUAUACUUCUGGUUUUGAUGAUAAGAUUUUACGGGGGUUGAUCCCAUAGGACCAAUCUUCAGACUUUGUACCCUGGAAGCUGUUGAUAGCGAUGCAUCUUGUGUUAAUAAUGUCUUACCGUGAUUUUGAGUCAAUUCAUGAUUUCAGUGUAGUGUUUCCCUUUUAUCCACUAUAUAGAGGAGGACUGCUCAAUUGCGAUAAAGUAGUCAUCUGUAAUAUAUUGAGAAGUUAUCAUCCGUUGACAAUUGGCUCUUGA